AUGGAAGAUCUUAAAGCUGCUCCUGCUAAGCUUGAUGAUUAUAAAGCAGAAGUAAAAGAUCCAUUAGAGGAUUUUAAUGUAGGAACAGAGGAAGAUCCAAGAAUUCUUCAUGUAUGUGCUGCUUUACCUGAUGAAAUGAAGGAUCGUUUGAAGUACUUGUUAUUAGAAUUCAAGGAUUGCUUUGCUUGGGAUUAUCCUGAUAUGCCUGGUUUGAAUAGAUCACUAGUUGAACAUAAAAUUCCUAUUAAAGAGGAUUUUGUCUCAUAUCAACAGAUUCCAAGACAGAUGACACCUGAAGUUCAAAAAGAAGUAAAGAAAGAAAUGGAACGAUUAUUUAAGGCCAAAUUUAUUAGGCCUGUUAAGUAUGUUGAAUGGAUUUCAAAUAUUGUUCCUGUAAUCAAGAAAAAUGGCAAGGUUAGAAUAUGCAUUGAUUUUAGGAAUUUGAAUACGGCAUCACCAAAAGAUGAGUAUCAUAUGCCUGUUGUAGACCAUCUAGUGGAUGCAACCGCAGGCCAUCGAUUUCUUUCCUUUAUGGAUGGUUAUUCUGGAUAUAACCAAAUAUUCAUUGCAGAGGAAGAUACACACAAAACUGCAUUUAGAUGUCCAGGAUAUAUUGGACUAUUCGAAUGGAUUGUUAUGGCGUUUGGAUUAAAGAAUGCAGGAGCAACUUAUCAAAGAACAAUGAAUGUGAUUUUUCAUGACCUAAUUGAAAGGUUUAUGGAAGUUUAUAUUGAUGAUAUAGUGGUAAAAUCAAAUACAUUUGAUGAGCAUAUAGACUAUUUAAGACAAGUCUUGGUAAGAAUGAGACUAUAUAAGCUGAAAAUGAAUGCAAUGAAAUGUGCUUUUGGGGUUACUGCUGGAAAUUUUUUGGGAUUUCUGGUUCAUAAAAAAGGGAUUGAGGUUGAUAAAGAUAAAGCAAAAGCUAUAAUAAAAGCACAGCCUCCAACAAAUAAACAGGAACUCCAACAGUUUCUAGGACAGGUAAAUUUUCUUAGGCGAUUUAUCUCUAAUCUGUCUGGAAAAACUCUUGCUUUUUCCCCACUCUUAAAGUUAAAAUCUCAGAAAGAUUUUAAAUGGGAGGGAGAACAUCAGAAGGCAUUUGAGUUUUUAAAGCAAUCAUUGGUAAGGCCUCCUGUUUUGAUGCCACCAAUAAAUGGAAAGCCUUUAAAAUUAUACAUCUCAGCAGGACACCAGUCGAUUGGUUGUCUUUUGGCUCAAGAUAAUGAAAAUGGCCAUGAACAAGCCAUAUAUUAUCUUAGUAGGAGAUUAAAUGAAUGUGAGAUAAAAUACAAGCCUAUUGAGAAGCUAUGCUUGACAUUAUACUUUUCUGCCACCAAGCUAAGAUGUUACAUGUUACCAUCGACGGUAUAUGUGAUUGCACAAACGGACAUCAUCAAAUAUAUGUUAACAAGGCCCAUAUUAAGAGGUAAACAAGGGAAAUGGUUGUUAUCCUUAAUAGAGUAUGAUUUACAGUACAUGCCUCAAAAGGCAGUAAAAGGGCAAGCUUUAGCUGACUUCAUAACGAAUCAUCCUAACAUAUUAAUAGAAAAGGAUGAAUUUGAGAUACAUUUGGUUGAAAUAAAACCAUGGAAGUUGUCAUUUGAUGGCUCCAAGACUGACAGAGGAGUUGGAGCAGGUGUAGUUUUUACAUCCCCAAAAGGAGAAUUCUUGCAGUUCUCUUUUCAGUUAGAUGAAAACAGGAUUUUAACCAACAAUCAAGCUGAGUAUGAAGCUUUGAUUAUUGGAUUAGAGAUUGCAAAAGAAUUGAAUAUUAGGUAUUUAAAUGUUGCAGGAGAUUCGCAAUUGGUAAUUCGACAGAUAACAGGCGAAUAUAAGUGCAAUCAUCCUUUAUUAGAAUUUCAACUACAGAAAGUUAAAAUUCUAAUAACAUAUUUUGAUGAAGUGCAUUUACAACAUGUUUAUAGAUUGGAGAAUAGUGAUGCUAAUCAAAUGGCACAAAUUGCUUCUGGGAUUAGGAUUCCAGAAGGGCAAAGUGAAAAAUUAAUAAAGGUCCAAAAGAGAUUCUUGCCUUUCUCUAUUGAAAGAGAUAGUAAUGAUUUUGAUAUUAUGGAAAUAAAUCUGGUUGAUGAUUGGAGGGUUCCAAUAAGGAAAUUUCUAGAGAACCCAAAGGAGAAAAUAGACAGAAAUAUAAAGCAAAGAGCCAUAAACUAUGUUAUAGUAGGCAAUGAUUUAUUCAGAAAAUCUUCAGAUGAAGUAUUAUUGCUGUGCAUUGGUAAAUCCCAAGCAAUGACAGUUAUGGGUGAAGUUCAUGAGGGAACUUGUGGUUCUCACCAGUCUGGAGAGAAAAUGAAAUGGUUACUCAAAAGAUAUGGCUAUUAUUGGCCAACAAUAAGAAAAGAUUGUAUCUCAUAUGCUAAGGGGUGUCAAAAGUGUCAGCAAUAUGGACCUAUUCAAAGGGUUCCAGCUUUUCCUUUACAGUCAAUUGUCAAACCAUGGCCUUUCAGGGGAUGGGCAAUUGAUAUGAUUGGAGAAAUAGUUCCUCAUUCUUCUCAACAGCAUGAGUAUGUAAUGGUGGCGACGGAUUAUUUUACAAAAUGGACAGAAGCUAUCCCAUUGAAGAAUGUAGCACAGAAACAAGUAAUUGAUUUCAUUGAGGAGCAUAUUUUCUGUCGAUUUGGUAUUCCUGAGACAAUAACAGUUGACCAAGCAUCUGUGUUCAAUGGUCAUGAAGUAAUGACUUAUGUUAACUCAUAUGGAGUUAAGAUCUUGAAUUCUUCUCCUUAUUAUGCCCAAGCAAAUGGGCAAGUAGAAUCUACAAAUAAAAUUAUUAAGAAUACUUUAUCUAAAAUGAUAAUUGACAAUCCAAGGGAUUGGCAUGAUCUACUGCCAAGAGUGUUGUGGGCCUAUAGGACUUCAAAAAGGGAGAGCACCAGGGCUACACCAUAUGAGCUAGUAUAUGGCCAAGCCGCAGUUUUACCCGUCGAAGUUAAUAUUAUAUCUCACAGAGUGGCUAAGCAUUAUAGCCCAAACAAUAUGGAUUUUGAGGAAGCAAUGUAUCAAGAAUUAGAUGGACUGGAAGAAUCCAGAAUGGAUGCUUUAAAUAACAUACAAGCACAGAAAAGGAAUUUAGAAAGAGUCUACAAUAAAAGAGUCCAUGAGAAAUCAUUUGCAGAAGGUGAUUUGGUUUGGAAAGCAAUUUUGCCCUUAGAUAAGAAAAAGAAAGGGCACUUUGGUAAAUGGUCCCCAAAUUGGGAGGGACCAUUUCGUGUGUUAAAAGUUUUAAGAGGAGGUGCGUAUCAGUUAGAAUCUAUUCUUGGAAGUGUCCAUGAAAGAACAAUCAAUGGAAAGUAUUUAAAGGCAUAUUUUCCAUCCCCUUGGGAGUUAAUUGAAGAAUGA